AGCAUAUUCAAACAUAUUGUCUCCAGUGUUUAUUAUAUUCAAACAUAUUGUCUCCAAUGUGUAUCAUAUUUAGACAUUUUGUCUUCAGUGUGUAUCAUAUUCAAACAUACUGUCUCCAGUGUGAAUCAUAUUCAGACAUAUUUUCUCCCAGUGUUUAUCAUAUCAUAUUUUCAGGUAACUUCUUCGAAGAAUACCUUAGUGCAAAGUUGGAGAACGAUCGAAAUAGAUUACAACUGGAGAAGGAGAAAUGGGCUGUUGAAGCAGAGGAGAAGAAAGUUGCAAUAGCCCAGAAUAAGGCUAUCUUGGAACUGUUAGCAAAGAAAAUGUAAAUGGACAUCCGAGCUGAACUUAAACAAAUCUAGAUUAGAAUUUUAAGGGGCAUUUUUUAUUUUUGCUCAGCCAUUCAAGGUGGCUGCCCAAGCAUACCAUCACAUGAUGUAUAGUUUGUUUGUUGGGAUUAUUUACACCUGCGGUUUUCCUAAUAUUUUAUUAGUUAAUUAGUAUAAGUAUAUAAAACAUCCAAGAUAAAAUACAUGAACAUGUCGUAAAUAAUUUAUUCUGUAUGAUUUGUUUUCAUUAAAAUAUGUUAUACACGUGAAUACAACAUAUCAGCAAGUCUAUCAACCGAUGUAAUAUUCCAAUACUGGGGGUUUCAAUCCAAAGAAAUUGCCAACUUCACUCCCAUAUAGACAUGUGUGACAAUUUGUUAAAAGAGUGCCUGUGAUGUAAUAUUUUGCAACUGGCGAUAGAAGUAUUUUAAGAUUUUUCUUGAAGUCCAAAAACGCGAAUUCCUGAAUAAUUUUCCCAAAGCCCC